CUGCGCCAGCCCGUGCUGUGUGUGCAUCUUCACUCUCAAGUCUUUGCUCUCUGCAGUCGCAAUCGUAUAGCAAAUCCAUCUUCAUUCGCAUCGCAUUCGCCGUAUCCAAUCGGAUUCUGGACGAGGACACGACCACCAAUUUUCAACAUGAGUGAUUCCGACACCAAGAUUGACGAGACGACGGCGGGCAAUGCGCCCAAGUCAAUCGGCGAGGGAGAGGCCCAAAUGCAAGAAUCAGAUCCUGUAGCUGAGGGCAAGCUCGUCCGCAAGCUUGAUUUGCACCUGGUUCCCGUGGUCAUGCUUCUCUAUUUACUCAGCUUUCUCGAUCGAGUAAACAUUGGCAACGCCCGAUUAUACGGUCUAGAGGAAGAUCUUGGUCUCAACCCUUCCCAAUGGCAAGUCGCCGUCUCCAUUCUAUUCGUCACCUACAUCCUCUCCGAAGUUCCAUCCAAUCUGGUUCUAAAGAAGCUUCGGCCUUCGCGCUACAUCGCCUUCAUCACCGUAUCUUGGGGCCUCAUUGCAACCCUCACGGGGGUCGUGCAAAACUACGGCGGCCUCAUAGCAUGCCGACUACUCCUCGGCCUGGUUGAAGGAGGACUGUUCCCUGGGAUGGCCGUCUACCUCACCUUCUUCUACACGAAGCGUGAACUGGCGCUACGAAUCGGGUACCUGUUCGUUUCCGCCGCGCUGGCCGGCGCAUGCGGAGGCCUCCUCGCCUUCGGCAUCGGCCACAUGGACGGCGUGAGCGGGCAACGCGGCUGGCGCUGGAUCCUCAUCCUCGAAGGCCUCCCGACCGUCGUCCUCGGCAUCGCCACCUUCUGGAUCCUCCCGGACAACACUGGCCACUCGUACUUUCUGUCGCCCGCGGAAAAAGACCUCGCGGCCGCUCGACUGACGCGGCAGACGGGGUACACGGCGGCCGCGGCGGAAUUCCACUGGGCCGAUGUGCGCAAAUGCGUCAAGGACUGGAAAGUGUGGGCUUUUGCGUUUGCGCAGUUCGGCGUCGAUGUCAUGCUCUACGGAUACUCGACUUUCCUCCCCACCAUCAUCAAGGGUAUCCAACCCACGGCUUCGUCCUCGCUCAUCCAGGUCUACACCAUCCCCUGCUACGCACUGGGCGCCAUCACCUAUCUGGUCGUCGCGCGGCUCUCCGACAGCCAGCAGCGGCGCGGCCUGUACGCGGUCGUGUUCGGCGUCGUGAGUAUCGUCGGGUACGCGAUGCUGAUGAGCGAUACGGGCUCCGGUGUGCACUACGCGGGGUGCUUCUUCGUAGCCAUGGGCCUAUACGUCAAUGUCGGGCUGCCAUUGGCAUGGCUACCAACCAACAGUCCCAGGUACGGCAAGAGGACUACCGCGACGGGGUUGCAGCUCACCAUCGGAAACUGUGCUGGCAUCAUGUCUUCGUUUCUCUACCCUGCAAAGGAGGGCCCGCGCUAUAUCCGCGGGCACGCCGUCACGCUCGCCAUGGUUGCCUUCUCCAGCACCGUUUACGCCUUCAUGUGGUGGUAUUUCUCCAUGGUGAACGCGCGGCGUGCUCGCGGCGACGAGGACCACAAGAUUGAGGGCAUGUCGGAUGAAGAAAUCGCCGAGCUCGGAGAUGACAGUCCUAGGUUUGUGUAUACCAUUUGA